AUGGUCGUCAAAAAGCAUGAGAUCGAGGCCGCCCUGUUUGCCGAAAAGCAGCAAAUCAACAGCGGCCAUCUCAAAGAGGACAAUCCGCUCGACACUAGCGAUGCCUUUCGUAUCUUCUGUGAAGCCUGCAGAAGGGGCGACCUGAAAGUGUGUCAAGAGCAAAUCUCGGCUGGUGUCAAUAUCAACGCAAGAGACCGAUAUGAUUACACGCCCUUGAUCCUGGCCAGUCUCUGUGGUCACUACGAGGUGUGCCAACACCUUCUCGAGUCCGGAGCCUUGUGUGAGCGUGAUACCUUCCAGGGUGAACGCUGUCUGUACAAUGCCUUGAACGACCGCAUUCGCAAUCUGCUACUGCAGUACGACUUUUCAAAGUCUACCGAUCCUCUUCAACCACUUGCUGCCCAUACGACAUCGUUGCUUUCACGACCCGAGCCAAAGACAUCUGACAUUCUUGUCUCGACCUACGACCGAGACUUUGCUCUGCACAAGUUCAUUCUUGCUGCUCGCUCUCCCUACUUUGCCGAGAAGCUUGCCCGUCAACCCGAUACUACAUCGUGGAAGCUACCGCCAAAGAUACCUUCUCAGUCCUUCAAUUCUGUCGUCCGCUACUUGUAUCUGGGAGAAGCAUCGGCCGAUCUCAGUGAUGAUGAGGAAGAGCAAAAGGCCAUCCUGGCAGGAAUCGACAAGCUGGGUAAACAACUCGAGGUUCCCACGCUGUUCGAGAACAUCAUCGACGCUGGCGACAGGCGUAUGGCGAGACAACGUAGGACAGAAGAGAUGGCUCGUGGUCGAGAUCAGUUUGUCACUUGGUUCCAAGCCAAUGUGCUACGACACAAGGUCCACACUGACACUGAAAAGGCAGACCAAGCGAAAUGGGAUAGAGAUAAUGCCAUUUUCGCCGACGUCUUGCUCAGAGCCGAUGAACCAGAGGAAGAAGUAGCAGACGAGCCACAGUCAACACAAGAAUCGGUUCGCAAUACCGAGGGCCCAUUGAACGGCAUACCAAUCGGGAACUUUUCGCCAGAUCAGGCUUCGACAACCACACCCCGAAAACGAAAGUCAGUCCUCUUUCCUGCACAUCGCGCUAUGCUGUUGCGAUCCGAAUUUUUCAGCGCCAUGUUCUCCUCCAGCUUUAGGGAGGCUCAAGACUCGCCACAUCUUCAUAUCAUCCCUAUCGAUUGCUCGCCUCAGGUGCUGGAGAUUGUCCUGACCUAUCUUUACACUGAGAAGGCAGAUUUUUCUUUAGAGGUCGCAGUCGAUGUCCUCUUUGCUGCCGACCUUCUUUUCAUCGAGAAGCUAAAGCAACGCGCUGCGGUCAUCAUAUCAACCCUCGGUAACGGCGGUGCUUCUGUAGUGGAAGCAGAGAACCCGCGAGGCGAAACAGCCACCGAGGAUGUGAUAGACGUUUACGACAUCAUUCGCGCUGGCUGGGACACACGUGUCCAUCGUCUCGAAGAGUUUGGUGCUCGGUUCAUUGCCUACCGAUUGGAGCGUUUCAUUGAUGAUCCAGACUUUGAGGAACUGGUCAAGGAGAGUGCCUCGAGGAUUCAAGGACGUCAAGAAACUGAUACCGUUGAGCUUAUUGAUGAUAUUCGCUAUUAUCUGUCCGAUCGCUUCCGUUUGCGAAUGGAAGACUCGGGUAUAGAGCAGAUGACGGACGGGACAGAAACCCUCGAUCCUGCCGCAUUGUCUGGCAAGGACGAAGUCAUGUUUGCAGACGACGAAGGUGUCGGCGUCCACUCGGGCUCAACACCACCACAAGAUGCGCCCGACCACAACACUCUGGUCAUCCGCACACUGGAUGGAGAGAUUGCUGGUGAUGAAUUUGCCCAGGAUGCAAUCAACUACCAGAUUCUUCUUAACAAAAUAGACAGCCUUUUGGAUAAACUAACAUUAGAUGCUUAG